UGACCAUUUGCUAGCUAGCAACAAGAUGGCGGUGGCAGUGCGGAGUUUGCAAGAUCAGCUCGAAAAAGCCAAAGAAGGCUUGAAAAAUGUGGAUGAUACUAUUCGCAAACUGACCGGACGAGAUCCCAAUGAUUCUAGACCGGGACAGAUGCGUCGGCUCAGCGGCCCCAUGGCAGGCCUGGGAUUGAUAGGAGGAGGUAGAGGCAGAGGACUCAACCUGAUCAGACGUAGUCUCUCGGAUAUGGGAAGCGGCGGCCCACCUGCCAAGCAGAGGGACAUUGACGGAGCUCUGCUGAGGCUGGCAGGAGAUCAGAGGGCCAGGAGAGACGUACGUCCCGACAGCGACGCCGAGGAUGAUGACGAUGUCAAAAAACCGGCGUUGCAGUCGUCCGUUAUAGCUACCUCCAAGGAGCGAACACGCCGAGAUCUCAUCCAGGAUCAAACUAUGGAUGAAAAGGGCAAACAGAGGAAUCGGCGCAUGUUUGGCCUGCUGAUGGGGACGCUGCAGAAAUUCAAGCAGGAAUCAAACGUCUCUUCAGAGAAGCUGAAGCGGCGUUCAGAGAUUGAGCAGAAGCUCGAGGUUCAGGCUGAGGCUGAGAAAAAGAAGGUGGAGAACGAAAGGCGAGAGCUGUUUGAAGAGAGGAGAGCCAAGCAGACAGAGCUGAGACUGCUGGAACAGAAAGUGGAAUUAGCUCAGCUGCAAGAGGAGUGGACCUGUCACAAUAAUCACUUACUAAAAUAUAUUCGCACAAAGACCAAGCCGCAUAUCUUCUACCGGCCUGGAAAAAUGUGCUCCGCAACACAGAAACUCCUCGAAGAAUCCACCAAAAAACUAAAUGCUGUGUUUGAGGAAAGGCGUGAGGCGUUUGCAGAACAUCUCAGCAAGAUGGAGUUGCGUCCUCGGCGACAGCUGAACCGUGACCCGGACGGCAGCACAGCCUCAAGGAUGGACCACCCGGCGGAGGGUAAGCCAGCAGGUCAGGUAGACAAGCGAACAGGUAAAAGGGGUUUCGCAGAGAUUGAGGAAGAUGAGGAAGAAGAUGAGGAUGAGGAGGAAGAAAACGUAAAGGAGAGAAAUAGAAAGGAGACAGAACAGGGAGAUAGGGAGGAAGCGGGAGAAGGUGAGAAGGAGGGGUUUAAGGAGGUGGAGGAAGUGAUGGAGGUGAGUGAGGAGGGAAGAGAGAAGCAAAAGGAGAACACAGAUAAGAAGGCUAGUCCAGAGUCAGAGGAGAUGGAGGUAGAGAAGAAGGCAGAAACGGAAGGUGAGGAUAAAGAGGGCGAGGUACUAACGGUCAGGCAGCAGGGGCCCACGGAGCCUCAAGUUGUAACAACUCCGGACACCCAGAAAUGUGAAACGGCUGUCGGCAACCAGGAAUCAGAAAACAAUGAUUCACCCCAAGACAGCCCCGCUGCAGGAGAACCAGCAGUACAGUCCCCUGCAAUGGAGGCAUCGCCAACCUCAGAACCCCAAACAGCCUCUGCCACUCCUGCACAGGAGCUUACUUCUGUCCAAGAUUCCAUCAUCCCUGCACAGGAUUCCACCACUCCUGUUCAGGAUUCCAUCUCUCCUGUCCAGGAUUCAACAAAUGAAAAGCAGCCGGUUGAAUUAAAAUCUGUGGAGGCCCCACAAAAGCUGCCCAAUUCCCAGAAGGCCUCUGUAACUACUCCUGAAAAGGAGGAGGAGGGCAGGGGGAGGAAGAAGGACAAACUGCGGAAGCGCCGCAGUCGCAGUAACAGCUCCUCUUCCUCCUCCUCUGGAUCCUCCUCCAGCAGUUCUUCCUCCUCCUCUGGAUCCUCCUCGUCAUCUUCCUCAUCCUCUUCCUCGUCAUCAUCCAGCAGCAGCAGCCGAGACAGCGGCAAGCGAAAGAGGCGUACAUCGGAUAAAAGCAGAGACGAGAAGAAAGAAGAUGAAAAAAGUCACCAUAAGGGAGGAGGGAGUAGCGGAGGAGGGAGAGACUCAAAAGAGGGGAGUAAGAGGAGCGAGGAGGGGAAGGGCAGGUCUUUCCGGAGUGAUAGGGAGCAUAAAGAUAGAGACAGGAAGGACAAGAGACGCUGAUGUGAUUGGGCUUCAGUAAAAACAGUGGAGAAAUAAACUGAGCGGUUUAUGAGAUAUCUGCGAUAACUGCUUUUGAACAUUUCUUUAAAACACUGGUUGUUGUUUUUUUUACCAUUGGAAAUUUUACAUGGAACAUACUUGUCAAAUAUUGUUGGUCGAAUUGCAUAGAAAUAGCGAAUGGCUUUUUUUCUUUUUUUUGUAAACUACUGUAGUAGCAUCUUAUGUGGUUUCUAAUUGGAGUCUUUGUAAAUGGGUCUGAUUGAAGAGCCAUUUUUUUCUUCCCCCUUAUCCUAAAUUUAAAUAAAGCUGGUAUUUGGGGUUUAACAAGAACUGAGCUGCAACAAUGCCAAUUCUUGGAUGUUGAGAUUUGGUAAACAACUUUUCAAAUAUAGUACGUUUGAUGUUUCAAGUCAUUGUGGCAAUGCUGUUAACUUCCACAAUUUGAUCAGUGUCAAAUGUAAUUAGUUCAACUUUUAUUUUUACUAUGUAAUUUGCUUUAAAUAAAUUUUGAGGUUUUGGCAAAAA